CUUCAAAAACCAUAAUCUUAACUCCACUGUACACAAAAGAGAGUUGCAAGCUCAAAUGCAGCAAAUCCUACAUCAAAAAUUCCGAAGUUUAUGCCUACAAAGUCACAUGCUGCCUCUCUUACACCUACUUCCAGAGGUGACAUUUCAACCCCAAGGGACUUUACUUUAGACCAACGUGCCACGAUGGUUUAUACGGAGCAGAAUUCUAGUGUGAGGUGUUUUCCAUCAAACAUGAGAAACCAAUCCGCUUGUGCUCAAUCAUCCAAAUCUUCUGCAGUUAAUUCUCAUAGGCCCUUGGUUCCCUUGAUGGAGAGAGGUGUGAAUGGUUUUAGUUUGACGUCAGAUUCAUCAGCUUCUAAAGUUGUGCAGGGAACAAUAAUUUCUUGUAACUCCAGUAAAGAAUCUUCAUCAUAUCCUUCAAAAGCCUACCAUGCUGCAGGAGGUGCUCUUGCACCAGGACAUGCAAAACCAUCUGCGUUGCGGAUGCCUUCACCAUCGUUGGGAUUUUUUCAACAGGGCAAGCGUCCUUCAUAUUGUCCCCAACCUCAAGUAAAUGUUCAACCGCCCCGACCUACUAUUCCUUGUAUAAGAGCAAGUAAGAUAAGGCCCACAGGAGAAUCGAGGCUUUUGCCUACUUCGACUUGGCAAAAAUCUUUGAAGGGCCUUCCUGCUCCAGAAUCUUUUGCUGGGACUAUAAUUUCUAGCAAAAUGGAGAACUCUUUGGUAGCUAUCUCUUUACCCUCAUCCAACGGAAAUGUUGUGCAUCCAUCAACGAGGGAAAAUGUUUCAAAGAUGCAAAGGGACAAGAUGGCUAUAGGAGCCUCUGGAAGGUUGUCAGACAGCCAGACAAGUGGUCAACAAGCCUUAAAGAGGUAUCGGUCACUAAUUGAUGAUGAUUUUGCACACCCUCAAGUUUUGUCAUCAGGAAACCCAGAACAUAAUGUUGACAAGGAAGUACCUUUUGUGAGUAGCUCAGUGCUGAAGAUGAAUAACAAGCUUUUGGUUCAUGAAAGUAGAUUAUCUGUGGUACCACUGAAAGUUAAUAUCCCUGAGGAUGUCCACCAUACAUGCUUGCCUACCAAAAUAAAUCAUGCAAGUGAAACUGAAUUAUCUGAAGCAAGCUCUCUGUGUAAACUAAAUGCAGAUGUGUUAGAUGAAGGUGCUUCAGAAUUGGAUAACAAGGCCAAACGACCACUGUCAGAAUAUACAGGGUGGGUUGCUCAUGCUGUCUCAGAACAGGGUGGGUUGGCAGCUAGGAAUUCAAAUUCAUUGCCAGAUCUAGAGGUUGGCAUUUCAUCGAGAUUUGUUGAAUUUUCUGCUUUAACCAAAUCACCUUUGAGAUGGAGUAAAACGAAAGUAGUAGGUUCUGGCUCUUGUAGCAGUUCAGAAUCAGGUUGUUCUUUAGCUCAAGAAACAUGUGCUGUGGACGAUUCAGAAAUCCACCAUGUGACACGUAUCUCUUCAGAGGAAACCAUGUCAUCUUUGACUUCAAGCAAAGAACACAUAGCUGGUUCUGAUUUCAUUAGCAAUACAGAAGUAGACUGUUCAGCACAAAACACAGGCAUACAUGUUGAGAAAGCAAAUUUAGGAAUGAAUAAUUUGGCUGCUAUAGUGUCUAGUUUACCAGAGGAUCCUCAACCUACGGCAUCAACUGACAGUAAAUGUCAUGAUUUUAGAGUGUGUUUUGAUAAUAAGGAUCCUAUCAACUUAAAGGAAGAGGGAACCUUGGUGCCCAAUGGCAGCAAGAAUGAUCAGAAGGAUAGAGUGCAGCAAGAUAUUACCCAUCUGAAACAUCACUUGAAUGCUGUCCCAUUCACUGAUGAGUGGCUUGCUGCAAUUGAGGCUUUUGGGGAGGAAAUAUUGGAGUUGAAAACAGGCCCUGUACAAAAUUCUCCACCAGACAAGACUCUUCCUAAAUCUGGUCCAUGGUCACCGGUUAAACGGAAAGCUCAGGACGUAGGACCAUUUGAUUGCACGAAGCAUUCGACAAAUCUGUCACCCUCUGAUUCCUCCUAACCCGUCGGUUGCCUCGUAUGAAGAGACCUCUUGGUGAUCUCAGAGGUUCGAUUUGCUCAGCAUGAUCUGCUUGUACGUCAUACUUUUCAAUGUACAGACAGUUUCAUAAACCUAUGAACGCGAAUAAAAUGGCGAACUGCACGGUUUUUUUUUUCACAUUUA